GCUAAAGUAGGUAGGACAAAACGGUCGGGGGUCAUUGUCGCGCUUCAAUCUUGAUAUUCCCGUCGCUUAAGCGACUUCAUAAUGUUUGCUGGUAACAGUGGCGGAGCCAUAUGGUCGGAGAAUACAUACUGUCUUGGGGGAAGAUCUGCUGACGAGGUGGACAAUGCCUCGUCAACAGGCUGCCCCGCGAAGAAGAUGAGUGCCCCUCACGUCAGGUCCAGGGGCUAUUGGUAUGCUGGUAAGGAGGAUUGGACUUUGGGAGGAGGGGGGAGGGGGACUGGGUUGUUCAUCUUAGUGUACACUAGUCGCCGAUACUGAUUUUAAGGCCGAAGGCAUCCAGAAACAGAUGGAACCGGAGCGGGAGCGAGGAUCCGUCUGUCUCGACCAAGGCGCCUGUUUCGUCUGAACUUGAAGUAUUCCCGUCUCAGGUAGAUAUGGCAACCGAGAC